CCAACGCCCGUGGAUGGAGGUUUUUCUGAAUGGAGUUCAUGGAGUCAGUGCUCCUGUAAUCAAGUGACAACCAGGAAUAGAAGCUGCACCAAUCCCGCUCCAGCAUUUGGAGGGAGACCAUGCCAAGGGCAUGUAAAGGAAGAUCAGUUUUGUAGUAAUACUAAUUGCCGUAAGUAUGUAACUUUCCUAGAUUUAUAAGUUCAGGAAUCGUGUUAUACAGUUAAUUGGCAUUGUUAUACAUUGUACUCAUCAUCUUUCUUCUCAUUACGGUUAAGAGCCUACAGUUUAUUUAGGAAAGCAGCGCAACCAACAGAUUAGUUAGUUAUCUGCUAGUAGAUUAACGGCUUAUCUUUAGGUUUGGCGCGCAAUACAUGAUUUCCAAGAGCAAUGUAAGACUUUGUCCAUGCAACAGUGUGCGUGUGUUUCGUUAUUUCAAAACAAUGUAUAAUAAAACAAUAUUAGAUUUAGUUUUUGUUUUAUCCACAAUAAACAAGGUCGCGGUUGUUAUCAGCCUCAGCCUUCGGCUUAACUGACAACACUUACCUCGACCUUCAUCACUGUCAAUAUCACAAAAACCUCGUCUAAUAAUUGUUCAUUGCAAAGGUAAACAUUUGGCGGUGACCGUGACAUCAAGUCAUAUCAUAAUGAAGUUGGUAUAUUCGAAGUUGUUAAGGAGACACCUUUUUUCAUUAUAGUCUCCUUUUCUCUCGUCACGCGACGCUUCUCCCCACAAAAACGGCUGCGUGGGAGACUAGCAUUAAAUUUUCGCAACCUUGAAUUAUCAGCAAUUUGUUGUUGAUGGUCACGAGGUGAUGUUAACCAACACCACCAACAAACAAACGCAUUUCCUAAACGCAUGGAUUUACAAUAAUGAUUUGACAUUAUGACACUCAAUGACCUGUUCCAGGUUCCAAGAUAGUGAGGAAAGCUGCCUGAAAGCAAGAGUAGUGGAGCCUAUAAGCACUGUUUUCAAUACCUCAUAGGGUAUACCAUACCUGGUAUACCCUAUGAUUGGUCAAUUUUGACUGUUCGCCAAUCAUUUGCCUUCCUGCGCGCAGAUCCUAACAAACAUGUCGAGCAUGUGAAACCCUCCUACACCGCACCUUUCGACGUUUUGACAUUUGAAAUUUUGUCACGAGAAACUGUUUUUCAAGAAGUGGGCGUAUUUGAAUAUUGGAAAAGAUGCUUACAGGCUGCCCCCUUCUUUCUUCCUAACUUUUUUCGCUCAUUCGCUAUUUUACUGCUUGCUCACUGACCGAAAGUCUGGUACAGGCUUGGGACUCACAUCCUUUCAGGUUCUAACAGUGGUCUUUUUUCUUUUUACGUUGCAGCACCAAAUUGGUCAAACUGGGGCAGUUGGACUACCUGUAGUGCAACUUGUGGAAGAGGUAUAAGGACUCGAGCACGCCUCUGCAACAAUCCUCCACCACCACCUGGUGGUAACGUGUGCUGUGUUGGAUUACCAAUUCAGACAGAAGGGUGCACGGUUCGCGAUUGU